AAGGCAGCCCCUCCCCCCCCCCGCAGGCGGGAACAGGAUGUGAGCCCCGGCGACAGCGGGGGAGGGGAAGCCCCGGGCGACCGCCCCCCGCCUCACAGCUGGGAUCGGACUCUCCCGCCCCAGAUGUGGCGCCGCCGCCGUCACACGAGCCCCGUGACACCCAGCCGGGAGCCCGAGGGGUCCAGAGGCUCGGACCCGGGCGUCCGGAAUUUCUGCACCGCAUCCUGAGAGACCCCGAGGUCCAGACCCCGGCGCCCAGGCUGGAGGACUUGAGCCAUCCAGGUGCGCAGCGCCCCCUCCUGGAGCAGCCGGGAGCCCGGACGUCACCCCGCGGGACCCUGGAGGCCGAGCGCCCCGUAUCCCCGUUUCAAGAACUCAGGAUCCAGGACCGCAGACUCCCUCCAGGGCUCCGAUCCCAAGACCCCGCGUUGGAGGAACUUGAGAUCCGGACUUCUAAGCGCCCCAACCAGUUUCGGGCUGCAGCGGCCAUCGCUUCAAGGGGACCCAGGACUUUGGGACCCCCCAGUGCUCCCACCUGGAGAGAGUUUCAUUCCUGCCCCUAGAAUUAGGGGAACUCAGAAAUCCAUCCCCCACCCCACGGCCCUACCUAGAAGACUUAGGAAUGUGGGUCCCCAGCGCCGCCAUCUGAGACUCCAGAGUCGAGGCUCCUAGCAUCCCCUACGUAGAACACUGAGAAAUUCCGACUGCGGGACCCCAGUCUCCGAGAGACCCCAGAUUCUAUUCCUGGAGCCUGAGAGCCCGAAGUUCACGCCCCUGAGUCUGGGCUCCGCACCUCCCUGGGGACCGCGUCGGGGUCGCGCAGGAGCCGGGCUGCCUCGAGCCGGGGCUGGAGGCUCCCCGGGAGGACUCUGCUGGGCCGCUCAGCCAUGCCUGAGGGAGCCCAAGGACUGAGCCUCUCCAAACCUAGCCCAAGCCUCGGGUGUGGCCGAAGAGGUGAAGUGUGUGACUGUGGCACCGUGUGUGAGACUCGGACAGCAGCUCCUGCAGCCCCCACCAUGGCCUCCCCCCGAGGUUCUGGGAGCUCCACAUCCCUGAGCACAGUGGGCUCUGAGGGGGAUCCAGCCCCUGGGCCCACUCCAGCCUGCUCAGCCUCCAGGCCAGAGCCCCUUCCAGGGCCCCCCAUCCGCCUACAUCUCUCUCCGGUGGGGAUCCCAGGUUCAGCCAGACCCUCAAGGCUGGAGCGUGUGGCCCGGGAGAUCGUGGAGACAGAACGGGCCUAUGUCAGGGACCUCCGCAGCAUCGUGGAGGACUACCUGGGCCCUCUGCUGGACGGCGGGGUCCUGGGGCUGAGCGUGGAGCAGGUGGGCACGCUGUUUGCCAACAUUGAGGACAUCUACGAGUUCAGCAGCGAGCUCCUGGAGGACUUGGAGAACAGCAGCAGCGCCGGGGGUAUUGCCGAGUGCUUCGUGCAGAGGAGCGAGGAUUUUGACAUCUACACAUUGUACUGCAUGAACUACCCGAGCUCCCUGGCCCUGCUCCGGGAGCUGUCGUUGUCUCCGCCAGCAGCCCUGUGGCUGCAGGAGCGCCAGGCCCAGCUUCGUCACUCGCUGCCCCUGCAGAGCUUCCUGCUGAAACCUGUCCAGCGCAUCCUCAAGUACCAUCUGCUGCUGCAGGAACUAGGGAAGCACUGGGCGGAGGGCCCAGGCACUGGGGGCCGCGAGAUGGUGGAGGAAGCUAUUGUGUCCAUGACAGCGGUUGCCUGGUACAUCAACGACAUGAAGCGCAAGCAGGAGCAUGCAGCGCGCCUCCAGGAAGUGCAGCGGCGGCUGGGUGGCUGGACCGGACCAGAGCUCAGUGCUUUUGGGGAGCUGGUGCUGGAGGGCGCGUUCCGAGGAGGCGGAGGGGGUGGCCCCCGGCUACGAGGGGGUGAGCGGCUGCUCUUCCUGUUCUCUCGGAUGCUGCUGGUGGCCAAGCGCAGGGGGCUGGAGUACACCUACAAAGGCCACAUCUUCUGCUGCAACCUGAGCGUGAGCGAGAGUCCCCGAGACCCUCUAGGGUUCAAGGUGUCUGAUCUGACCAUUCCCAAGCACAGACACCUGCUCCAGGCCAAGAACCAAGAAGAGAAGAGGCUGUGGAUUCACUGUCUCCAGCGCCUCUUCUUUGAGAACCACCCUGCCUCCAUCCCUGCCAAGGCAAAGCAAGUUCUCCUUGAAAACAGCCUGCAUUGUACCCCCAAAAGUAAGCCUGUCCCAGAGCCCCUGACACCCCCACUUGGGUCUCCUCGACCUCGAGAUGCUAGAAGUUUUACCCCUGGGCGAAGGAACACAGCUCCAUCUCCUGGGCCCUCUGUGAUUCGCCGAGGCCGCAGGCAGUCUGAGCCGGUGAAGGACCCUUAUGUCAUGUUCCCACAGAACGCUAAGCCUGGAUUCAAGCACACUGGCAGCGAAGGGGAACUCUACCCCGCAGAAUCUCAGCCACCAGUUUCAGGCUCUGGACCCCCUGAGGACCUGGAGGAUGCUGGACCCCCAACACUGGACCCCUCUGGGACCUCAAUCACUGAAGAAAUCCUGGAACUGCUGAAUCAGCGAGGCCUUCGAGAUCCAGGGCCGUCCACCCAUGACAUUCCCAAGUUCCCCGGAGACUCCCAGGUGCCUGGCGACAGCGAAACCCUCACAUUCCAAGCCCUGCCCAGCCGGGACUCUUCAGAAGAGGAGGAGGAGGAAGAGGAAGGGCUGGAGAUGGAUGAACGGGGGCCUUCCCCACUCCACGUCCUGGAAGGGCUCGAAAGUUCCAUUGCAGCUGAAAUGCCCAGCAUUCCCUGCCUUACCAAAAUUCCUGACGUGCCCAACCUUCCUGAAAUUCCCAGCCGCUGUGAAAUUCCCGAAGGUUCUCUCCUUCCUAGUCUCUCUGACAUUUCCGAUGUUUUUGAGAUGCCCUGCCUUCCAGCCAUACCUAGUGUCCCCAACACCCCCAGUCUUUCUAGCACUCCCACCCUCUCCUGUGACUCCUGGCUCCAAGGGCCUCUGCAGGAACCAGCUGAGGCUCCAGCCACCAGGAGAGAACUGUUUUCUGGAAGCAAUCCUGGGAAACUGGGAGAGCCGCCUUCAGGAGGCAAGGCAGGGCCAGAGGAGGAUGAAGAAGGGGUGUCAUUCGCAGACUUCCAGCCCCAGGAUGUCACCCAACAUCAGGGAUUCCCAGAUGAGCUGGCAUUCCGCUCUUGCUCAGAAAUCCGGAGCGCCUGGCAGGCAUUGGAACAGGGACAGCUGGCCCGGCCAGGCUUCCCAGAGCCACUGCUGAUCCUGGAGGAUUCGGAUCUGGGUGGAGACAGCGGGAGCGGGAAGGCAGGAGCCCCGAGUUCGGAAAGGACGGCGUCCCGAGUGCGAGAGCUGGCCCGGCUUUACAGCGAGCGGAUCCAGCAGAUGCAGCGGGCGGAGACUCGGGCAUCAGCCAACGCCCCGCGCCGCCGGCCUCGGGUUCUGGCCCAACCCCAGCCAUCCCCCUGUCUACCCCAGGAGCAGGCAGAGCCAGGGCUCCUGCCUGCCUUUGGACACGUGCUGGUAUGUGAGCUGGCCUUCCCACUGACAUGUGCCCAGGAGUCUGUCCCCCUGGGUCCUGCUGCCUGGGUUCAAGCUGCCAUACCUUUGUCGAAGCAGGGAGGCAGCCCAGAUGGCCAGGGUCUACAUGUUUCAAAUUUGCCUAAGCAAGACCAUCCAGGCAUCCACGUUUCAGCUGCUACCCUUUUGCCUGAACAAGGAGGUUCCUGGCAUGUCCAGGCUCCAGCCGCCACACCUUUGCCCAAGCAAGAAGGCCCCCUGCACCUCCAGGUGCCGGCUCUUACAACUUUCUCUGAUCAAGGCCACCCGGAAAUCCAAGUUCCAGCCGCCACUCCUUUGCCUGAGCAUAGAAGCCACGUGGUUAUACCAGCUCCAUCCACCGCCUUUUGUCCUGAGCAGGGACACUGUGCGGACAUCCACGUUCCCACCACUCCAGCUUUGCCCAAGGAGAUUUGUUCUGAUUUCACAGUUUCAGUCACCACCCCUGUGCCCAAGCAAGAAGGUCACCUAGACAGCGAGAGCCCAACCAAUAUCCCACUGACAAAGCAAGGAGGUUCCAGGGAUGUUCAGGGCCCAGACCCUGUCUGCAGUCAACCCAUCCAGCCUUUGUCUUGGCAUGGAAGCAGCCUGGAUCCCCAGGGCCCAAGCGACACCCUACCGCCCUUGCCAUGUCACCUCCCAGACCUUCAGAUUCCAGGUACCUCACCUUUGCCUGCACAUGGAAGCCACCUGGACCAUCGGAUCCCAGCCAACGCCCCACUGUCUUUGUCCCAGGAGCUCCCAGACACUCAGGUUCCAGCUACCACACCUUUGCCCCUGCCACAAGUCCUCACAGACAUCUGGGUCCAAGCCCUCCCAACUUCACCCAAGCAGGGAAGCCUCCCAGACAUCCAGGGUCCAGCGGCUGCACCUCCACUUCCGGAGCCAAGCCUUACAGAUACACAGGUCCAAAAACUCACACCUUCGCUGGAGCAGAAGAGCCUCAUAGAUGCCCAUGUUCCAGCUGCCACACCUUUACCUGAGAGAGGAGGCUCUCUAGACAUUCAGGGCCUCUCACCCACCCCAGUUCAGACCACCAUGGUUUUGUCCAAACCAGGAGGCUCCUUAGCCUCUCACGUUGCCAGGUUGGAGUCUUCAGACUUGACGCCACCUCAUAGUCCCCCACCUUCCAGCCGUCAGCUCCUGGGCCCCAAUGCAGCUGCCCUUUCCAGAUACCUGGCAGCCUCAUAUAUCAGCCAGAGCCUGGCUCGGCGGCAGGGGCCUGGGGGAGGGGCCCCCGCAGCCUCCCGGGGCUCCUGGUCCUCUGCUCCCACGUCACGGGCAUCUUCGCCGCCUCCGCAGCCCCAGCCACCACCUCCCCCAGCCAGGCGGCUCAGCUAUGCCACGACGGUUAACAUCCACGUGGGCGGGGGUGGGCGGCUGCGGCCAGCCAAGGCCCAGGUCCGGUUGAACCACCCUGCUCUCUUGGCCUCCACACAGGAAUCUAUGGGCCUUCGCAGGGACCAGGGGGCUCCUGAUGCCCCCUUCCAUAUGUGAGCCAGAACAUGAGGCUUCCCUGAAGCAAGGAUUUCAGCCAGAUGCCAUAGACCCUCAGAACUUGACCUGGAAGUCCAGACACUGAACGCAGGCCUCAAAACUGCUGCGGCUUUCCAACUCCUGGUAUCUGCAUCACCGAAUGGCCCUUCUUGCCUUGAUCCACAGGGAUGGGGAAGGGAAUGUCAUUAAUGUUUUGUUAAUACUGGUUCUUUCAUGCAAUAAUGUGUAUUUUCCCAUUCUGAAGGCUGUGGGAGAUGACAAGACAAUGAAUGGGAAGGUCUGACACAGAACAAAUCAGCGGUUCUGAAAGCUUGGGGAAUCUCAGACUCCUUUGAGAAUUAUUGGAAAAUGGACCCACUAUAACUUGGCGUGUGAUUUCAGCAGGUGUGUGAACUGCUUGAUGCCCAUCCAGGAAAGCCAAGUUAAGAAGCUUUGCUUCAAGUAGACACUAGAAAUUCAUUCCCUUGGCAAUUUAUACAGUUCACGUCUCCCACCAUCCGUUCAUCUCACCCACCCUGCCAUCUCUCCACCUAUCCAUCUGGCUAUUGCUCCAUCUAGCUUUCCCUCUCCAUCUACCCACCUUCCAAUCCAUCAUCUCACGUAUCUGCCUUGCUUAUCCAACUGUCUGCCCUAUUCACCCACCCAUCCCUUUAUCAUUCUAACCCCAUCUGGCAUUCCAUCCCUCCAUUUAUCCAUCUUCCCACUUACCCAUCUUCUCCAUCCAGCACUCCAUUCAUCAGUCCGUCUCUCCCUCCAUAUUUCCAUCUGUGUCCAUUCAUCCACUCAUUUUGCCAUCCAUACAUAUUCACCCAGCCAUCUCCCAAUCCAUCGACAUACCCCAUCCCUCCCUCACUGGACUCUUCAGGGUCUUAGUACUAUGAUACUUCAGAGACAAUUCCAUGCUGAUACGGGGGAGAUCAGUUUUGGGGCAAGUCUGUCCCACAUCUGUCUGAUUUCCCUUGGCAUCCUUCCCGUCAGUUCCUCUUGAAUAUCCCAGUUCUUGUGCCCACUCACAUACCUCAGAUCCCUUCACUCCUCCCCGCAGUUUGCAGCCUCUACAAUUCAUCCACAUGCUCCCUCCCCCAGCAAAAUAAUUCAGGUCUUGGAGACAAAAGGCUUUUAUGUUAGGUUCUGUCCGCCCCCUUGUUCCAGCAGUGGUAUGCCCAGUGAGAGGCACAAUUUAAGCGGUUUCUUUGGUGAUGAUAUUAGCUACUUUCAUCAAAUACUUAGCCUCUUGUGCUUUAGCACAUUAUUUAUGUAAGCUCCCCUAGGAUUCUCUGAAGCACCUGGUGUCCUGGCUGUGAAUUCAAGUCCCAUCUUUACUUAUUUGGUGUGGGUCCUCCCUCUGAGCCGGUUUUCUCAUCUAUAAAAUGAAGACAACAGUACUUCCCUCCUGGGAUCAUUGAAAGAUUUAGGGAGCAUAUCCUUCCACUUCCCAAACAUGUUUGAACCUCUGACUUAGUUAGGAGCAUCAUUCAAAUCACAGAUCCCCCAAUAUCUAGUCCCAGCCUAUUGAAUCAGGAUCCCCAGGGAAGGAGGAGCUUGGGAAUCUGAUUUUUUUUUUUUUUUUUUUGAGAUAAAGUCUCACUCUGUCACCCAGGCUUGAGUGCUGUGGCAAAAUCUUGGCUCAUUGCAACCUCCACCUCCUGGGUUCAAGCAAUUCUCAUGCCUCAGCUUCCCGACAUAGCUGGGAUUAUAGGCGUGCACCACCAUGCCCAGCUAAUUUGUUGUUGUUGUUGUUGUUGUUGUUGUUUUGUUUUUGAGACAGAGUCUCGCUCUGUUGCCCAGGCUGGAGUGCAGUGGCACAAUCUUGGCUCACUGCAAGCUCCGCCUCCCGAGUUCACGCCAUUCUCCUGCCUCAGCCUCCCGAAUAGCUGGGACCACAGGCGCCCGCCACCACACCCGGCUAAUUUUUUUGGUAUUUUUAGUAGAGACAGGGUUUCACCGUGUUAGCCAGGAUGAUCUCGAUCUCCUGACCUCGUGAUCCGCCCGCCUCGGCCUCCCAAAGUGCUGGCAUUACAGGCGUGAGCCAUCAUUCCUGGCUGGGAAUCUGAAUUUUUUUUUUUUUUUUUUUUUUAGACGGAGUUUCGCUCUUGUUGCCCAGGCUGGAGUUCAAUAGCGCGAUCUCGGCUCACUGCAACCUCUGCCUCCCAGGUUCAAGUGAUUCUCCUGCCUCUAGCUGGGAUUGCAGGCGCCCACCACCACGCCCAGCUAAUUUUUGUAUUUUGUAGUAGAGACGGGAUUUCGCCAUAUUGGCCAGGCCACAGUGGUCUUGAACUCCUGACCUCAGGUGAUCCGCCCACCUCGGCCUCCCAAAGUGUUGGGAUUACAGGCGAGAGCUACCAUACCCUGCCCAGGAAUCUGAAUUUUUAGCAAUCAGUUAACAGCAAAUAAGCUGAGAUUUCCUGGGUACUAAGCACAUACUAUGAGCAUUACAGCCGCUUUAUAUAAGCUCGUUCACUGUCCUCAUUACAUUCCUAAUAUGCAAGUGAGCAUGUUUCUUAAUCCUCAGUCUAGAGGUGAGGAAACUGAGGCAGGCACAGAGAGGCUAAGGGAUUUGCCUAGUCGCACAGCUAGGAAGGUGCAGCACUGAGAUUCGAAUCCACACAGCUUGGCUUAAGUCUACCAUUAAAUUUGCCUGUCCUGGCCAGGUGCGGUGGCUCACGCCUGUAAUCCCAACACUUCGUGAGGCCAAGGCAGGUGGAUCACUUGAGGUGAGGAGUUCGAGACCACACCAGCCUGGCCAACAUGGUGAAAUCCCGUCUUUACUAAAAAUACAAAAAAUUAGCUGGGCGUGGUGGUGGGUGCCUGUAAUCCGCGCUACUCAGGAGGCUGAGGCAGGAGAAUCACUUGAACCUGGGAGGUGGAGGUUGCAGUGAACCGAGAUUGCACCACUAGACUCCAGCCUGGGAGACGAGCAAAACUCUGUCUCAAAAAAAUAAAAUGAAAUACAUCAAUAAAUGUGCCUAUCCUGUGCCAGGUGCUGUUCUUGCCAGUGGGGAUACAUGAGAGAACACUGCCUUGCCCGCGUGAGGCUUGUGGCCUGGUACUGUGCACACCUCAGGGGAUUCUGAUAAUUAGCUGAGUACAGUUGCCAGCGCAGGGCCUGGCUCAAUAAAUAUUAGCUGCUGGCUUCUGCUCA